AUGGACACCAAAGUAAAUCCCACCGGCGUCUUCACGUCUCUCAUCGAGAACCUCGGCGUCAAAAACGUCCAGUUCGAGGAGCUGCUCACCCUCGACGCCGCCGAACUGGUGACUCUGCAGCCUCUGUACGGGGUGAUUUUCCUCUUCAAGUACCCGACCGACCGGCCGUAUGCCACGCCAGACGGACCGCUCGACGGGUCGUUCGACCACGGCGCCUCGGAGCAGAUGUUCUUUGCCGCCCAGACAAUCCAGAAUGCGUGCGCCACGCAGGCCCUCCUCAGCGUCUUGAUGAACAAGACGGAGGAUGUCGACAUUGGACCCCAGAUGCGAGACUUUCGCGAGUUCACCAUGGUGCUGCCGCCCGAGUUCCGGGGCGAGGCGCUGAGCAAUUCCGAUUUGAUCAGGGAGGUGCACAACAGCUUUGCGAGGAGCAGCCCGUUCGCCGACGAGACGCAAAAGACUGGCGAGGCCGAGGACGCCUUCCACUUCAUUGCGUACACGCCCGUCAACGGCGCGCUGUACGAGCUCGACGGGCUGCAGCCUGCUCCUAUAUCCCACGGGCCGUGUACCCUGGACUCAUUCCCGGCCAAGGUGGUCGAGGUGCUACAACGACGCGUGGCUCGCUACGAGACGUCGGAAAUUCGCUUCAACCUGCUCGCCAUGUGCCGCGACCUGCGGGUCCGCGCUCGCGAGUUUGGCGACGAUGAACUCUUGGCCAGGGAGGAGAGGAAGCGCCGGGACUGGCAGUUUGAGAACGCCCUCAGGCGACAUAAUUUUGUUGGGUUCGCCGGCGAAUUGCUCAAGGGGGUGGUGGAUGCCAAGCUCAGGGAGGGCGGUGACGCUGCGGUGGACAAGUGGGUUGACGAAAGCUUGGAGCGACGAAAAGCGGCCGAGAAGGCGUUGCGAAGAGGGGAUGGAGAUGUCGAUAUGGAGUGA